CCCCCUCCCUUUUAUUUUUCUUUACAUUUUGCACAUGUGUAAUUUUCCUCCCUCUGUACAGGAGGUUGGGAGCGAGUUGAAACGUGUUAAUCACUCACCUCCCCUCCAUUUAAAAUACCCAAAAAGAGGCUGUGAAUUGCCUAUAAAAAAGGGGUGUAACUGGCUAUGUAUUAAAAUACCCAAAAAAAGGGCUCUAAAACAUCUGGCUCGGGACACACCUGGCUGUGACUGAGGUGCUCAGGCCCUUUUUAGUGUAAAUAAUAAUUAAGGGACAGAAAUAAUUCAGCUCAGGACUCUUCCUACAUUUGAGGUUACCAAGUCUAAGCUUUCUUGCAGCUACAGAUGAUUUUCGUUGCGUGGGGAGAUGUUUUCUCUGUUCAAGUUUGGGAGUUCUGCGUUCUGUUUGUAUUAUUUUUUUCUCCUUCACUGGACUGUUAUUUCCAAAAUUCGGGAUUUUUAAUCCCUUAGGCAGGGCCUGGCUGUUGUGGUUUUGUUUCUAAGCCUUGCUGGUCUCUGAGCACGGUUUUAGACCCUCUUCCCAGAUCCUGAGAGGAUUCCCACUGUGAACUCCUCCCUUCUUUUCCUUCACCCACAUCACAAUUGCUCCUUUCCAAAUCCUCUCACAGUGAACUUUCAAUUCCCAAAUAUUGAGGAGAUAGUGACUCUUGAUGGAAGAACACGGAGUGACCCAGGCGGAGCACAUGGCUACCAUCGAGGCGCACGCCGUGGCCCAGCAGGUGCAGCAGGUGCACGUGGCCACCUACACGGAGCACAGCAUGCUGAGCGCCGACGAGGACUCGCCCUCCUCGCCCGAGGACACCUCCUACGACGACUCCGACAUCCUCAACUCCACGGCGGCCGACGAGGUCACCGCUCACCUGGCGGCUGCAGGCCCUGUGGGGAUGGCAGCAGCUGCUGCUGUGGCAACGGGGAAGAAGAGGAAGCGGCCUCACGUUUUCGAGUCCAACCCCUCCAUCAGGAAGAGGCAGCAGACUCGUUUGCUCAGGAAGCUCCGGGCCACGCUGGAUGAGUACACCACCAGAGUGGGGCAGCAGGCCAUCGUCCUGUGCAUCUCACCCUCCAAACCCAACCCUGUCUUCAAAGUAUUCGGUGCUGCACCCUUGGAGAACGUGGUACGCAAGUACAAGAGCACCAUCCUGGAAGACCUGGAGUCGGCGCUGGCCGAGCACGCCCCGGCCCCUCAGGAGGUCAACUCAGAGCUGCCACCCCUCACCAUCGAUGGCAUCCCCGUCUCCGUGGACAAGAUGACCCAGGCACAGCUGAGAGCCUUCAUCCCCGAGAUGCUGAAGUAUUCCACGGGUCGUGGGAAGCCAGGCUGGGGCAAGGAGAGCUGCAAGCCCAUCUGGUGGCCCGAGGACAUUCCGUGGGCCAACGUCCGCAGCGACGUCCGCACGGAGGAGCAGAAGCAGCGGGUGUCCUGGACCCAGGCCCUGAGGACCAUCGUGAAGAACUGCUACAAGCAGCACGGGCGCGAGGACCUGCUCUACGCCUUCGAGGACCAGCAGACCCCGCAGACCACGACCACGCACAGCAUCGCCCACCUGGUGCCCUCCCAGACCGUGGUACAAACCUUCAGCAACCCCGACGGCACCGUGUCCCUCAUCCAGGUUGGCACGGGUGCCACGGUGGCCACGCUGGCCGACGCCUCCGAGCUGCCCACCACGGUGACCGUGGCACAGGUCAAUUACUCUGCAGUGGCUGACGGAGAGGUGGAGCAGAACUGGGCGACGCUACAGGGCGGGGAGAUGACCAUCCAGACGACGCAGGCCUCGGAGGCCACGCAGGCGGUGGCUUCCUUAGCGGAGGCGGCGGUGGCGGCGUCGCAGGAGAUGCAGCAGGGAGCCACUGUCACCAUGGCACUCAACAGUGAAGCCGCUGCCCACGCCGUAGCCACGCUGGCCGAGGCCACCCUUCAAGGAGGGGGACAGAUUGUCCUGUCUGGGGAAACUGCAGCAGCAGUGGGGGCACUCACAGGAGUCCAGGAUGCCAAUGGGCUCGUGCAGAUCCCGGUCAGCAUGUACCAGACGGUGGUGACCAGCCUGGCGCAGGGCAACGGCCCGGUGCAGGUGGCCAUGGCGCCGGUGACCACGCGGAUAGCGGACACGGCCGUCACCAUGGACGGGCAGGCGGUGGAGGUGGUGACCUUGGAUCAGUGACCUCGGAGCAGCCCGUCCUCCUCCACUUCAGUUUUUUUUUUUACGCCUCUCCAGAGAUGCAAUCAGGUGGCAUUUGAGUCUCCCAGCUUUGGAAACGGAAGGUUUUAUUGACCUUUUUUCUUUUUUUUUUUUUUUUUUUUUU